AGAUGUCUGCCCACACAUGUAAACAUGCGAUUAAAUCUGGCAGCUAAUGGCGUUCAAGUUACACACUUCAGUGGCAUGUAUUCAUCUCACUGACUCGUGUGGUAUCGAAUAGAUUAACGUUAGCUUCCAGCGUUAGGUUGUUAACAAACUAGGCAUCAGUCUGUGAGUUAUUACCGAGGCAGAAAGGCUAACAUUGUCGUGCUAACGUUAGCUAAGCAGCAGAGAGCCAUGCCUGCCCAGACCAUAUUCGUCGGCUCUCUACCAGCUUCAGCUUCAAACCAGCGUCUUGAGGAAAUAUUCUCCGAAAUUGGUCCGGUAAAGCAAUGCUUCGUGGUCAGAGAGAAAGGCACGGAGAAAUGUCGGGGCUUUGGCUUUGUCACAUAUUCCAUGGAGGAAGAUGCACAGAGAGCCUUGAAAGAAAUAAAAGAAUACGACGGACAGAAGCUUUCUCUGUCGAUGGCAAAGAAGAAAAUCAAAGACAAACAGAAAACAGCACCCAAAGAGCCGGCUGCAGCACCAAAGGAGAAUGAACAGAAAAAUAAGGGCUUCAAGAAGAAACAACUGAAAUCCAAACUCAUCAUAAGGAACCUCAGUUUUAAGUGUUCAGAAGAUGAUCUGAAGCAAGUAUUUUCCAAGUUUGGAACAGUUCUUGAGGCCAAAAUUCCCCUGAAACCUGAUGGGAAGAUGCGAGGAUUUGCAUUCGUCCUGUUUAAAAAUGUGCCUGAAGCAGCAAGAGCGCUUAAUACUAUGAACUUGAAAGAGAUAAAAGGGCGGCAGGUAGCAGUUGACUGGGCUGUGCCUAAGGACAAAUUUAUUGCCACACAGCAGUCUUCAAGUGCAGGAAAUAAGAAAACAGAGAAUGCAACUGGAAAACAGUCAGACUCGGAAAGUGACCCUGAGGACGAUGAUGAAGAAAAGAAACAGGCAGCACCUGCGAGGAAAAAAGUCAGUUUGAAACCAGCUGUGCAGCAGGUGGACGAAUCUCAAUCAGAUGAUGAAGAUAAUAGCGAGGAACAAGACAGUGAUGAAGACGAGGAGGAGGAUGAGGAUGAAGAUAAUGACGGUGAAGAAGCUGAUGAUGAUGAGGAUGAUAUGUCCCAGGAGGAAGAAGAUGAUGAUGAUGAUGAUGAGAGUGGUCUUGAUUCAGAUGAGGAUCAAGAUGAAAGUGAAGAAGAUGAGGAGGAUGAGGACGACAGAGAAGGGAAAGCAGCUCAAAAGAAAACCUCAAAGAAACUCCUUCCUUCAGAUGUGAAAGAGGGCAGAACAGUUUUCAUCAGGAACCUGUCCUUCGACACAGAGGAAGAGGGCCUUGAGGAAGUCCUCCUCCAGUACGGAGAGCUUAACUACAUAAAGAUUGUUGUCCACCCAGACACAGAACAUUCAAAGGGUUGUGCAUUCGCCCAGUUCAAGACUAAAGAGGCUGCAGACAGGUGCAUAGCUGCAGCACAGGACGAAGCAGAGAAUGGUGGCAUCCGUGUGGACGGCAGAAAGCUGUUGAUCGUGGCAGCAGUGAGCAGAGAUGAUGCAGCCAAGCUGAAGGUCAAUAAAGUGAAAGUAGAAACAGGCACCAGGAACUUGUACCUGGCCAGAGAGGGAUUGAUUCGUGCUGGAACCAAGGCUGCAGAGGGUGUGCCUGAAGCAGACAUGAUCAAAAGAACCAGAUUUGAAGAAAUAAAGAGGGCCAAGCUUCGGGACAUAAAUGUGUUUGUGUCAAAGAGUCGUCUGUGUGUCCAUAACCUGCCCAAGUCAGUGGACAAUAAAAAACUCAAAGCUCUCUGCCUUCAAGCUGUAAAGGGAGACAAGGGAGUCCGCAUCACAGAGUGCCGGGUGAUGUAUGACAAGAAACCAGAGAAGGGUCAGGUGAUGGGACAGUCUUUAGGUUACGGCUUUGUCCAGUUCCAGGACCACGAACAUGCUCUCAGAACGCUUCGUUACCUCAACAACAACCCUGAUAUCUUUGGGUCACACAAGAGACCUAUUGUUGAGUUUUCCCUGGAGGAUUCAAGGAAACUCAAAAUAAAAGAAAUGCGACGACAAAAGAACAAGGAGUUUUUCCAAAACCGGAAAGGAGGUGCAAAACCCCAGGCAGGCAAGUCUCAGGCAGCCGGAGAUGGAAAAGCGCCCAGGAAAGGUGGAAGUAAGCCGCAAUCCUCAUCAGAGCAGACAGGAAGGGAGAAAGCUCCUCCUCAAAACCAGAAAAAAGAAAGAAUCUAUUCUGGUUUCCAGACCACCCCUGAGGUCGAGCACAUAGAUUUGCAGAAUGGAAAGAAACGAAAGAAGGUUCUACCUUUCCCUUCUCAUCGGGGACCUAAGAUCAGAAUGCGUGAUAAAGGAAAGCAGCAGGCUCCGCCACCCAAGAAAGCAAGACCUGGAUCCAACAAGAGAGAGCGUCAGAGACGACAGAUGGAAAAGCCCACACAGCCCAGAAACCAGACGGUUAGAGCAGCAAAGAAGCAUUUCAAGAACCGGGACGGGGACCGUUUUGACAGCCUGGUGGAGCAGUACAAGAAGAAACUGAUGGGUAAUAGUGACAAGAGCAGCAAUUUAAAAAGAAACAAGUGGUUCGAUAGUUAAUACUGUGUGUGUGUGUGUGUGUGUGUGUGUGUGUGUGUGUGUGUGUGUGUGUGUGUGUGUGUGCACUGUAUGUUUGUAUUUGUGUGUGUGAGACAGGCUACUUUAAUGCUCUAUAUUUGACAUCCAGAGGUUUUAUAAGAAAUACAAUGGUUCUUGUUCAUUUGUUUAGUGUCAGAUUGUACAGUACGUGAUGCUCACGUGUUCGAAACUGUUCGAUCACUUAACUUCAUUCAUUCAGUUCCCACAUUUCUGUAACUCAUGCUCAUGUUGUUUGUUUUUCUCACCUCUAAAACAAACUGAAUUAUGUAAGGAGUUUUCCUUGUCUUUUUAAGAAAAUAUACAAUUGAAAAUUGUUGUUAAUCCUUUUUUUUUUGUAUUAAAUCCUGAUUUGUUGCAG